CUAUAUAUUUAGUUACCUCUUAAUCUCUACCAAAUUCAAGCAAAAUUUCAAAAAUUCAAAAAAAAUAAUUUAAAAAUGGAUAGAAGAUUAGUAGAUGUAUGUCAAGCAGGAAAUAUUGAAGCACUUUAUGCAUUACUUGAUGAUGAGCCAAACAUCCUUAACUUCAUAGAUGAUAUCCCAUUUACUAGAACUCCUUUACACUUAGCCGUAUUAGCUCAAAAACCUGUAUUUGCUAAGGAAAUCGCGGUAUUAAGACCGUCUUUUAUCACCAAAAUAGAUCGGUUUGGGUAUAAUCCUGUUCACUUAGCUGCAGAAAAUGGUGAAUUAGAGAUGGUAAGAAGUUUACUGGAAAAAUUAGGCCCAGGAAAAGAGAUCAGUAAGGGUAAAGAAAACAGAACACCCCUGCAUUUUGCAGUUAUUUCUGGUAAGAUUGAUGUUGUUAAAUUUCUUGUAAAGUGUUACCCAGAUUGUAUCAUGGACACGACAACACGACACGAAACUGUUCUUCACCUUGCUGUGAAGAACAAACAGUUGGGUGUUUUCUUGGUGUUGCUUAAACACCUCAAAUUGGUGGUUAGUGAUGUUGUUUUUAAUGAUUUGUUGAAUUGUAAGGAUGAAGAAGGCAACACUGUAUUCGACUUAGCAACCAUUAUGAAACAGCAACAGAUGGUUGAAGCAUUGCUGAGCAGUUGCACCAAUUCAGCUGGAAUCCUUGGAGUACUUGCCCUACCCUCUGCUUAUAAUCGUGCAAAUUAAAUUACUCAACUCCAAGAAAUAAAUCAAACAAUAAUGUAACAACCUAUUCAUCUUUAGUGAUCAUGAAUAUUGAUAGUCAACUAUCUAACAGUAUGAAAUGAUUGACUUUUGACCGUUAGCAAAUAUUCCCUAGUUAUCAAUUUGGUCAGAUUGCAUGUCUAGGAAAGUAAUAAGUAUUGUAUUAAGGAGGUCGAUGACUUGUCAUAAACGUGCAUAAUCAUAUAAGUUGUAUUUGUUCAAGCAAAGCCAAUUGAUAUUGUAUCACUUAUUCACUUUCAUACUA